AUCAAGUAUUUAAACGGGGGACAAGGAAACGAAUUGAUUCACAUUCGUUCAGUGAGAGCAGUGUCAUUUUUAGUUUAUCUGGAAAACAGCGACGGGAGAUCGAUCCCGACGCGCAUAAAACAAGCCCAACCAUUUUCACCGACGGAAACAAGCUGAGCCCUGCAAACGCAGGUAGAGGAAUGUUUUGCUACCAUUGUCCACCAUCUAUACACCCUGCAGGGCCACAUCAGCCAAGACUACCAACGCUGGAGUAUCCAUUUGCAUCGACGCAUCCAUAUACAAGUUACUCAUAUCAUCCGGCCAUACACGAUGAAACGUUCGUACGACGAAAGCAAAGACGAAAUCGUACGACAUUCACGCUCCAACAACUCGAAGAGCUCGAAACGGCUUUUGCACAAACUCACUAUCCGGAUGUGUUCACCAGAGAGGAUUUGGCCAUGAAAAUAAAUCUUACCGAAGCCAGAGUGCAGGUAUGGUUCCAAAAUCGCAGAGCUAAGUGGCGCAAAGCCGAGCGGCUGAAGGAAGAGCAGCGCAAACGUGAUAGCGGUGACAAUACACCGAUUUUGAACGAUCGCAACGAACAGAGUCGUGAAUCUUCGCCGGAUAUAAUUGGUGAUAAUGAUGAUGAGCAUUUGAGCACAAGUGCACCGGCGCAAAGUCCUCGCACCGAUUCGGAUUUGGAGCGACCACAAUCGUCAUCGAUGCAAAUUCACAAUCAUCAAUCGAUGUCACAAUCGUGUUCCGGCAGUGUUGGUUCGCCGUCACCUGGUUUUCGAACUUCACAAAAUUCUGGCAACAGUCCGCCGAAUGCUGAUUCACCACCGAUCGAAGUUGGUGGUCCCAUUUCAUUGGCAACAUCACCGAUAUCGAUGACAUUGGGUUCACGUUCGAACAGUAUUUUAUCAAAUACAAAUGGUGUCGCUGCCAAUAGCAUUUUCAACAGUUUUGCUGACACAACAAACGGUUUUCGCCCAUUGCUAGAUAAUAAUGCGCCACGUGCAACGCCUCCAUUAUUUCUACCGACACAUUUGGCAUCACUUGGUUCCCAGUUUCAUCCACCAUUGUUUUCACACUUGAAAGGAUUUCCCGGUUUGUGUUCGUGUUGCCCGACAAUCACAUCAUCGACAACAUCGUUGAGUGCAAAUCGUUCGUCGGCACUCACAAAUGUGUGCGCUUCGUCCGCAUCAUCCGCCAACGAUCCACGUACAACAUCUGUGGCUGAAUUGCGUCGCAAAGCCCAAGAGCAUUCAGCGGCACUUUUACAAUCAUUACAAGCAGCUGCUGCGGCUGGUUUUUCAUUUCCAGCAUUUUUGCCACCGCUAAACUUUAGCAAUACACGAAAAUCAAUGCUAAAUCCAACCGGUCUUGUCACCAGCACCGGCAUAACCACAAACAACAAUGACAUUUUGACCAAUUCAAAUAAUACACACACAACAACGAUUAAUGGUGAUUCGGCUCAACAUACAACUUCGGGUAAUGCCACCGAUAAGAGUGAAUAAAAUGGAAUGAAUGCACGAAGAAACACAGACGAAUAUAUACGAAAUUGUACAAAACUCAAGUCUUAAAAUUGUAUCAAUUCUAAUUGAGAUAGAAUCAAAAUAAAAAAAAUAUAUAGAAUUAAGCGCAGAAAAUUGCUCUAUUUUCAAAUGGAAUGCAGUGGAAUGACUUUAACUAACAUAGACAUUUUAAAAAUUUGAAUGAAAUUUCUACUCGAAACAAAAAAACAACCAUUUUCUGAAUAAUUAUGCACCACAUUUAAAUAUAUAUGUAAAACGGUUUUGAAAAGGACAAAAAGUGCAGUAAAAUUACUCAUAAUGCUCUAAGUUAAUUGUACAAUAUAUCUUAUAUAUAACCAUGUUUAAAACAACAAAUACAAAGAAUAAAAUACGAUCACAUUAACAUGUAGAUGUAUAUAAAUUGAAUCUGAAGAUGUAAUCAAAUAAAAGUUUAAACGAACCAAUAAUCGCGUAGAAUAUCAUCAUAAGUGUAAGCAUUAGUGUGUUUGUGUGUGUGUGUGUUUGUAAAAUGUAGCACUAAUUCAAAUAAGUUCAAUUUAAAUGAAAUAAUCAUUUUUAGCGUAAGUUGAUUCUGCCGGGCACUUCUGCUUGAACUUUAAUUUUCCACCUGACAAAGAAUAGAUAUCUAUUUUCAGAGUAAGAUCAAUAUCUCAUUUCUUCAAGAAAAUAAAAACACAAUUCAGUUUAAGAUUAACCAAAAAAAAAUGUAUCUGCUUUUUAUUCGGACAGCAUUUGUUUUUAGUGGUAAUAUUUCAAUAGCAAUUACAAUAGGUUUACAAACUAAAGAUAUUCAAUCAUAUUCUCUAAACAAAUGAAAUCAGAAAUUAUAAUCGCUACACAUAAAUUAAUGCCAAUGUUUGUUUCGACUUUUUGUUGAGAAGAAAUUUUGCAAUCGUGCGCUUGAAUCACGAUUAAUACUUGUGCCAAUUUCACUUUGGAUGUACGAUACAUUAAAUGAUAUUAUAUAAUGAAAUCAUAUUGUAAUGAAUCUAUAUUAACUAAGAUUAUAUCUCGUAAUAACAUAGAAUCAAAUCA